AUGCGAAGGGCUAGCCUUUUUGGCCUCUGGGCUGUUGCUCUGCUCGUAAACGGAGUUGCUUGUCAGCAAAUGCCUCCAUGCGCAGCAACAUGCAUGGAGACCGGGCUCGGGGGGUCGUCUUGCUCCCCGAUUGAUACCCAGUGUAUAUGCACCGAUACAGCGCUGCAGCAAAAUAUCAGUGUCUGCAUUGUCAUGACGUGCUCGGUUAAAGAAGCAUUAAUCUCGCAGAAUGCAUCGAACACAAUGUGCGGGAUCGAGCCUCGAGAUAUCUCCCACAUCACGACAAUCGUCACAAGUGUUUUUAUGAGUCUCGCGAUAACAUUUACCGUCAUGCGGUGCUCUGAAUCGCGUGAUCACUUUGGGCCAGAGGAUAUUUUUGCAAUAUUAGCCUUGAUCUUCGCAGUUCCAAUGGGAGCCCUCGAAUACCCAAUGGCGAAGGAUGGCUAUGGGAAAGGCAUCUGGACCCUUCCCUUUGAUAAUAUUACGCGCAUUGUGAAGUUCACUUGGCUCCUACAACUGCUCUACAUCCCCGCCCUCGCCGCAACCAAAAUGGCCUUCCUAUGUCUUUAUUUACGGAUCUUCCCAAGUACAGGCAUUCGACGAGUCAUCUGGGUGCUAAUAGCCAUGAACGCCCUGUACCUCCUGGCCUAUGCCUUCGGAACCGCGUUUAACUGUCUGCCAGUUUCAUAUAUCUGGACGAAAUGGCACGGGGAAGCAGAAGGAUCAUGUCUCAAUUUCAAUGCAUUCGGCAUCGCAAAUGCGGCAACCAAUAUUACGCUCGAUCUGGCAGUGAUCGGGCUUCCGCUGCACAAGAUAGCGGCGCUUUCUGUAAGCUUGUCGAAGAAGAUUAUGCUCCUGUCCAUGUUUGGGCUAGGAUUCUUUGUAACAGUCGUCAGUAUACUCCGACUUAGGGUUGUGAUCACCUACGCAACAACCACAAAUGCCACAUACGACACUGUUGCCACCUCUUACUGGUCCAUAAUUGAAUGCUUUAGCGGCAUAGUCUGCAUCAACCUACCUUCCGCCCGCCGGCUCUACCGUAAAGUCACCCACUUCUGUUUCGGCACCUCCCGGACGGGGCAGGAAGAGACCUAUCAGAAUGUCACACCCAAUUCCUCAUUCCGACGCCAGGAGACGGAGACGGACACGGAGUCUUUGGUUUGGGUCUCCAGGAACCGCUAG